AUGGACUCUUUGGAAGAGUAUAUCAAGUUUUGUGGAGGUAAUAAGGUGAUCCGCAAGAUAUUGAUCGCCAACAAUGGUCUGGCUGCAGCCAAGGCCAUUAGAUCCGUGCGUAAAUGGGCCUUUACAACGUUGGGCGACGAACGCGCAAUCAAAUUCGUUGUAAUGGCCACGCCCGAGGACAUGAAGGCACAUGCCGAAUACAUCCGUCUGGCGGACCAGGUGAUCGAUGUGCCAGGUGGCUCCAACAACUACAACUAUGCCAAUGUCGACACGAUCAUCGAUUUGGCGGAGCGUGCCGACGUGCAGGCCGUGUGGGCGGGCUGGGGCCACGCCUCAGAGAACCCACGUCUCCCAGACCUGCUGUCCAAGACCAAGACCAAGAUCGCAUUCAUUGGACCGCCCGCCGGCGCCAUGCGCGACCUUGGAGACAAGAUCGCCUCAACAAUCGUAGCCCAGUCGGCCCGCGUCGCCUGUGUGCCCUGGAGUGGCAGCGGCCUCACCGUGGAGUACGCCAAGACCGGUGUCACUGAGGAGGCCUGUCGCCAGGCGACCAUCGCCACCGUGGAGGAGGCCAAGAUCGUCGCCGAGAAGGUUGGAUUCCCCGCUAUGAUCAAGGCGUCUGAGGGAGGUGGUGGCAAGGGUAUCAGAAAGGUCAUGUGCAUGGACGAGCUGCCGGCCAGCUUCCGCCAGGUGCAGUCCGAGGUACCAGGCUCACCCAUCUUCUACAUGAAGCUCGUUCCAAACGCCAGACAUCUUGAGGUACAGAUCAUUGGAGAUCAGUACGGCGAGGCCAUCUCACUCAAUGGACGUGACUGCUCCGUGCAGCGUCGUCAUCAAAAGAUCAUUGAGGAGGGUCCGCCCCUGGCACCCACGCCCGAGGUGUGGCUAGAGAUGGAGCGCGCUGCCGUGCGUCUCGUCAAAGAGGUUGGAUACGUUGGUGCAGGCACAGUCGAGUACCUCUUUGAUGGCAACUACUACUUCCUGGAACUCAAUCCUCGUCUCCAAGUGGAACAUCCAGUCACCGAGCAGAUCACUGGCGUCAACCUUCCAGCGACCCAAGUUCAAAUCGCCAUGGGUAUCCCAUUGUACAGAAUACCAGACAUUAGAAAGCUUUACAACCAACAACCUUUGGAAGACUCAAAGAUUGAUUUACAGGAUUUUACACAGCGUCUGCCGGCAAAGGGACACUGCAUCGCCGUUAGAAUAACAGGAGAGAACCCAGACGAAGGCUUCAAACCCACGUCGGGCAAGAUCAUCGACCUGACCUUCCGUAGCAACCCCAACGUAUGGGGCUACUUCAGUGUUGGCGCACACGGAGGCCUGCACGAGUACGCUGACUCACAGUUUGGUCACAUCUUUGCCAACGGUGUGACUCGCGAGGAGGCCCGCAAGGCCAUGGUCAUGGCCCUCAAGGAGAUAUCGAUCCGUGGCGACAUUCGCACACCCGUGGAGUACAUCAUCCAUCUGCUAGGCACCGAGGCCUUCCGCAAUAACAACAUCCACACUGGUUGGCUCGACGUGUUGAUCGCCGAGAAGAUCGUUACACCCAAGCCCGACGCCAUGCUCGUCGUGCUGUGCGGCGCCCUGUUCAAGGCGUUCUCGCUGUAUAACACCCGCGCUCAAGAGUUUGCCCAGCAGAUCACUGUGGGCCAGCUGCCAGGCAUGGAGCUGCUGUCCAACGUAGUGCCCAUCGAGCUCAUCUACAACAACGUCAAGUACACGUUCGAGGUCAGCAGGAAGAGCGCGUCGCGCUUCAUGGUCUCUCUACAGAGCGACCGAACCAACUACGCCGAGAGCAACAUCGUGCUCAUGUCUGAUGGCGGCCUUCUCAUAAUGCUGGACGGAUGCACACACGUGUGCUACGGAAAGGAGGAGGUGACCGGCCUGCGCCUUGUGAUCGACAGCAAGACCUGUGUGUUCAGCCAGGAGUACGACCCGUCGGUGCUGCGUACCUCGUCGCCAGGCAAGCUUGUUCGCUACCUGGUGGACGACGGUGCCUUUGUCAAGAAGGGCGCAUCCUACGCCGAGAUCGAAGUGAUGAAGAUGUACAUGCCAGUGGUGGCGCCAGAGAGCGGCAAGAUCAAGUUUGUGCUGCCCGAAGGCAGCGUGAUGGCUGCCGGCGCAAUCAUUGCCAAUCUCGACCUGGAGGACUGCAGCUCGAUCCAAAAGUCGACCAAGUUUGCCGGCAAGAUGCCCAGGAUGGAGCCACCUACGCUCAUUGGCUCGCAGCCACAUCAGCUGCUCAACAACACAUUGCUCAAUGUACGCGCCGUGCUCAGUGGCUACGAGAACAACCAGGUAGCCAACCUGAUCGAGGACCUCUUCACACAGAUCAACGACCCACGUCUGCCAUUCUGCGAGUUCAACGAGUGCAUGAGCGUGAUCAACAGUCGUAUCCCACAACCAUUGGCUGCACUUGUCGCUGAGGAGCUGGCACGCUCCCAACACGAGGCGUCACAGUCAUUCACAAGCGAGCAGUUGGCACACCAACUGGCACAAUACUUUAGCAAGCUGACUGUGGAGAGUGAGGCACUGGCCAAGACUGUGACGGCCACGUUCAAGCCUGCCGCCGACCUCGUCCAGAAGUAUGCUCAGGGCAUCAGUGGCGCGCGCACAAUCGUCAUCCGCUCACUGUUGGAGGAGUUCUUCAACGUGGAGAAGCUGCUGCAAGGCCGCACUGUACAGGCGUCACUCAAGCUGCUGCGACAGACAUUCAAGGACAACAUACCCAAGAUCAUGGAGCUUGCGCAGGCCAUCCACCCACAGUCCAAGAAGCACCAGCUGAUGCUGGCAUUGCUCAAAAAGAUCGACCAGACUCACACCGUCGCCGAGUACACCGACCAGCUGCAACAGAUCUCCAAGAUGUCUGGCAAGAACAUGGACAUCUCGCUCAAGUCCAAGGAGAUCGUAGUCAACUCGCAACUGCCAUCGAACGAGCAGCGUGUUAGCGAUGUCGACCGCACGAUCAAGGAGAUCCUGGCGCAGGACAUCGACGAGGAGCGCACCAAGCUGAUCCAGAGCAUCUCGCGUCAGACUGUCGAUCUGCUCGACGUGCUCAUCCCCAACUUCCAGUCGUCCGACGACAUGGUGCGUCGCGUCUCCAUGGAGGCGUACGUGCGUCACUCAUUCCGAUCAUACUUUAUCGAGGACAUCCGUGUCACCCUCGAGGAUGGCGCCAACGAGAAGCGCGGCUUUGACUGCGCCGAAUGGCACUUCUACAUCACACUACCUGGCUCGCCAGGCAGCAGCCCCAUGCUCAUGUCUGUGGGUGCGCGUCCCUCUGGCCUUCUGGGCUCAGGCCGCUCAAUCAUGAACGGACUGUCCAACCUGCGCACUGAUUCGACCGAUUCGUUCCAGGCGAUGGAGGACCAGACCGCGCUGCGAUACGGCAUGAUGGUGUUCUUUGAGAGCGAGCAGCGCUUCGAACAGAUGCUGCCAGUGAUCCUGAAGAACUACAACAUCGAGGACGACUUCAACCUGAUGCGCACCAAGACCUUUGGCGAGUCGACUGACAUUCUCUCGGUCGUGCUAUCAGUGUACCCAGAGACGAUCGUCGAGGAGAGCGCCACCAUAAAGCGACUGUCCGCCAUCCUACAGGCCAACCACCGCGACCUCAACCAGCUGCGUGUGCGACGUGUGACCUUUGUCUGCAAUGGCAAGAUCGGCCAGCAGCCCAAGUACUUCACGUUCCGUGAGCGUCACGGCUACAUGGAGGACCCAAUCUUCCGUCACAUUGAACCAGCGAUGGCCUACCAUCUUGAGGUGCGCAAGCUGAGCAACUUUGACAUCUCGCACGUGCCCACUCAAUCACAACGUCUGCAUCUCUACUAUGGCCAGGAGAAGAACAAGAAGGAGACUGAUCCCGACGCCGACCGCUGCUUCUUUGUGCGUUCAGUCAUCCGCUUUGGCGACCUGACCAGCACGGAGAACGCCAAGACUAUCGACAUUAUCAUCUCGCAGGUCGAGGCUCUUCUGAGCGAGUCACUCGAGGCACUCGAGAUGGCCAUUGCCUCCAACAAGAAGUACUCCACCGCCCAGAACCACAACAUCUUCCUCAACAUCCUUCCCGAGGUCAUGUUUGACGAGCGCAUGAUUGGUUUCUUUGUUCAACAGAUUGGCGACCGUCUUGGCAAGCGUAUGUGGAAGAUGCGCGUCGGCCAGGUCGAGGUCAAGGGUAAUCUGCGCAAGGAGAACACCCUGAUACCCGUGCGCUUCUUUGUUCAAAACCCAACUGGUUAUGCAUUCCAGGUGUACUGCUAUUACGAGCAGAUCAACUCUGGCGGCCAGCAGGUGUUCACCGUGGUGCCAGGCAGUGCGCGUGGCAUCUGGGACGGCCUGCCCGUCGACACUCCCUACCCCGUCAUGGACGCCGUGCAGCGCAACCGUUUCAAGGCUCAGCGUCUCGACACCAGCUACGUCUACGACUAUCCCGACCUGUUCACCGAGGCGCUGCAGACGCUGUGGCUCGAGUACAUGGAGAAGAACAAGGAGAACCCACAGCGAGUCAGUCUGCCCUCGCGCCCCGUCGUCGACGCUGUCGAGCUCAUCAUCACACCGGGCAUCAGCUCGACCGACUUCCCACCUCGCGUUCCCUACGACCAGCUGCCACAGAAUGGUCGUCCAACCAUCGAGGAGACCUACCGCCCCAUUGGCUACAACGACAUUGGUAUGGUCGCAUGGAAGAUGUUGCUCUACACACCAGAGUAUCCACAGGGUCGCCACGUGAUUGUGAUCGCCAACGACAUCACCCAUCAGAUCGGUUCGUUUGGUCCACAAGAGGACCUGCUGUUCCAGCUGGCGAGUGAGCUGGCGCGCAAGGAGCAGCUGCCCAGAAUCUACCUGUCUGCCAACUCAGGCGCCAGGAUUGGUCUGGCCGACGAGAUCAAGUCCAAGUUCAAGGUGCUUUGGAACAAUCCAAAGGACGUGGGCAAGGGUGCCAAGGCGCUGUACCUGGAGGACGCCGACUACAAGAAGCUGAAGGAGACAAACUCUGUGCUGGCCGAGAAGGACACAGAGGGACGCUGGAUCAUCAGCGACAUCAUUGGUCAAAAGAGUGGAAUUGGUGUGGAGAACCUCAGCUGGUCCGGUUUCAUUGCCGGAGAGACUUCACGCGCCUACGAGGACAUCUUUACAAUUACACUGGCCACCGGACGAUCGGUGGGUAUCGGUGCCUAUCUUGUGCGUCUUGGACAGCGUACCAUUCAGAACGACGCGCCCAUCAUCCUUACGGGUGCCGGCGCGCUCAACAAGGUGCUGGGCAAGGAUGUCUACGAGUCCAACCAGCAACUGGGUGGUGCACAGAUCAUGUAUCCCAACGGUGUGUCUCACAUUUCUGUCAAUGACGAGCUACACGGCAUCCGAUCGAUAUUGCAGUGGAUCGCCUUUGUGCCAAAGUCCAAGGGCGAGCUGGUGCCAAUUGUGGCGCCGGUCGACUCCCCAACCAGAGACAUUGCCUUUGACCCAUCACUCAACUCCAAGUACGACAUUCGCGACCUCAUCCAAGGACACCACUCAGACAUCAAGAACAAGCAAUGGAUCAGCGGUUUGUUUGACAAGGACUCCUUCAUCGAGACGCUGGGCGGCUGGGCCAAGACCGUUGUGUGUGGUCGUGCACGUCUAGGAGGUAUCCCACUCGGUGUGAUCGCUGUCGAGACACGUACCAUCGAGAAGGUUGUGCCAGCCGACCCCGCCAACCCACUGUCACAGGAGGCUGUCAUCCCACAAGCCGCCCAGGUCUGGUACCCCGACUCAUCAUUCAAGACCGCGCAGGCCAUCGCCGACUUUAACAAGGGAGAGGAGCUGCCACUGAUGAUCCUGGCCAACUGGAGAGGAUUCAGUGGUGGAAUGCGCGACAUGUUUGACGAGAUACUCAAGUUUGGAUCGAUGAUAGUCGACAACCUGAGGACCUACCGCCAGCCAGUCAUGGUGUACAUCCCACCCGAGGGAGAGCUGCGUGGAGGUGCCUGGGUCGUGCUGGACUCCACCAUCAACCUUGACAUGAUGGAGAUGUACGCGUCAGAGACGUCCAGAGGAGGAGUGCUCGAGCCCAACGGAAUCUGUGAGAUCAAGUAUCGUGAUCCGGACCUGAUCAGGACGAUGCAUAGACUGGACGACAAGAUCAUCGCGAUGGACCAAGAGCUGGCAUCAGCCACCGACGAGACUCAGCAGAAGCAGUUGAAGACACAGAUACAGACACGCGAGAAGGAGCUCCUGGGCAUGUAUCAGCAGGUCGCUAUCAAGUUCGCCGACCUCCACGACACGCCAGGCCGCAUGAAGGCCAAGGGAGUGAUCAGCGAGGUGGUGCCAUGGAAGUCGGCCCGUCGCUACUUCUACUACCGUCUAAAGAGAAGACUGCUAGAGGAGCAGCAUCUGCGACUGAUGGAGCGCGUCAACCCUGCCCUGAACCGAUUCGAGCGCAGGGAGCUGCUGGAGAAGUGGGUGCGCGAGCUGGCCACCACUAACAACCUGGGUGUGCUGCCCAAUGGCUUCGAGAGCAACGAGUGGCGCGCCAACUUCCUCAGCAAUAACUCAUGUACGCAACUGAUGGACAAGAUCAACGACAUGAGGAAAUCAUAUGUACAAUCCCAAAUCAUCUACUACGCCCAACAAGACUCUGAUGCCGCCAUGGAUGGAGUGCUACAACUUCUAGACACCUUGUCGCCAGAGCAAAAGAAAUAUAUCAUUUCCAAACUUAAUAAAUAA